CUGACCCAUAAGCGCGCUCCCGGCUGUACGUGGCUACUCCCACCCUCCGUACGUGCGCGUACCCCUGCAUCGCGUGGUGGGGAUCAUCCAUAUUGCUGCCUGUGCUGGAGAUCAGGUUGUAAUCCUCGUUAGGCCCUCGGACACGUUUUUCUUUCAUUUCUACACAUGUUUUAAUUCUUCGCCCGGCUGCGCUGCGUCUUCGGCCGAACAUCUGUCCUGGGAGCGGCAGAGGAGCGGCAGACUCAGCCGAACAAAUACUUUUUUUGUGUUUUCUCCUCGUGAAAUUGAAGGAGAUUGAUUUUUUUUUUUUUUUGGGGGUGGAGGAGGAGGAGGCAGGAGGAGAAAUGGCCACUCAGGUGGAGGCUCUCCUGCCCGGCACCGCGCUCAGCAACGCGGAGGAGCGCGGCGAAGUUGUUCGCGAAGAAGCGGAGGCCAAGCGAACGGGUGUCGCCGAGCCGCCGCUGCCGCUGCCGCAUGGAGGGAGCGGCAGCAGCGGCAGUAGCGGCAGCAGCGGCAGCAGCGGUGCAGGUGGAGACCCCGACGCCGAGGAUCCAGCCUCCUCGUCGGGCAGAGGAGGCUGCGACAGCGACGAGAAGCUCCAGGAGGACGGUGUUAAAGCCAGGAAGGAGUUCACAGAAGCUCCUCCACCCAAGGUGAACCCCUGGACUAGGAAAAUGAACGCGGUGACCGUGGUCAGCGUGAACGGCCAGGCACACCACGAGUCUACCGGCCCCGCCAAGGUGGUGAGAGCAGGGAACCCCCCGAAGCCCAGACGUGGAGGAAAGGUUGGAGAUUUUGCCGACGCCAACAGCUGGCCGACUCCCGGGGAGAUCGCAACUAAAGACAUGCAGAUCGAGGCAGUGACACGGACCGUGCCCUGCCCGCCGACUGUCAGGCAGGUCAAAGACUCAUGGAGAUCCACUGCUCCGAAGAAGACGACGAUGACGACGGCGGCGGUCAAGAAGGAGUUGAAGGAGUUGAAGGAGAAGAGGGAGAGCAACGAGGAGAGCAAGGAGAACCUGAAGGCCAAGUCUGACGACUCCGGAGAGGAGAAGAACGGCGACGACGACUCCCAGAAGAACGGACCCAAGAAAAAAGGAAACAAGCAGAAGUGGGUUCCCCUGAUGAUCGAGGUGAAGUCCGAGGGUCCACGGGAGCGUUCGGCCUCCAGGAACAACAGCAGGCAGAACGAAAACCCCCGUCUGCCCCCCAACGCCAGGAACGACCUCAGAGACUGGCACAGUCAAAAGUACGAGCGGGAGUGGCGCGACGACCACGACGAGGUGUCCAGCGUGAAGAGCGAGGGAGCGCCGUUCCGUGGUGGGUUCAGGGGUCGCGGCCGUGGAAGAGGAAGAGGUCGGGGACGAGGCAGAGGUGGCAGAGGCCACUACGACUACCACUACGGCUACAAGUCCUACGAUGUGAAGGACGGACCCCACGCCCAGAAGUUUGGGAACACGGUGACCUACUACUACGACAACAUGAGCAGCAACGACCUUUUCUCCGUCGACCAGGACCUGCUGAAGGACUACAUCAAGAGGCAGAUUGAGUACUACUUCAGCCUGGACAACCUGGAGCGAGACUUCUUCCUGCGGAGGAAGAUGGACCAGGGGGGCUUCCUGCCCAUCGGACUCGUCGCCAGUUUCCACCGAGUGCAGGCUCUCACCACCGACGUCAACCUCAUCAUGGAGUCUCUGAAGGACAGCAAGGAAGUGGAAGUGAUCGACAUGAAGAUCCGUCGCAAGGUGGACCCGGAGAAGUGGCCUCUGCCGGGCCUGGCCAUGCUCAGCCAAACCCCCACCGAUUUCUCCCAGCUCAUCAACUGCCCCGAGUUCAUCCCGAGGCAGCCGAACGAAGAGCCACAAGGCUCUCCAAGGUCCUCCACGCCGGCCAAGCACCACAGCAAGACCGACAUGGACACCUCCAACCUCAAGACGAUGCCCAAGGGCCUCUCCGCCAGCCUCCCAGACCUGGACUCCGAGUGCUGGAUCGAGGUCAAGAAGAGGCCCAGACCCUCUCCGGCAAGACCCAAGGUCAGCGCAGAGAAGGCCCCCUCGUUACAGCAGCAGAAGGAAAAAGACGACUCUGUUCGCUCCCCGGUGCCUCAGCCCGGCUCCUCGCUCUCCACUGCUACCCCAGGAGUUAAGGACGGAGCCGAGCCGGACGAACCCGAGGAGCUGGACUUCAUGUUCGACGAGGAGAUGGAGCAGAUCGACGGGCGUCGCAACACCUUCACCGACUGGUCGGACGAGGAGACGGACGGCGAGAUCGACGACCACGACGUCAACAAGAUCCUGAUCGUGACGCAGACGCCGCCCUACCUGAGGAAGCACCCGGGAGGCGACCGCACGGGACACCACACGUCGCGCUCCAAGCUGACCAGCGAGCUGGUGAAGGUGAUCAGCGACGGGCUGUUCUACUACGAGGCGGACCUGUGGGACGACACGUACGAGCCCGAGUACGCCACCAUCAAGCAAGAGGUGGAGAACUUCAAGAAGGUCCACCUGAUCAGCCGCGAACAGUUUGACUGCCUGACCCCUGAACCCCCAGUCGACCCCAACCAGGAAGUCCCUCCAGGCCCCCCCAAACCCCAGCAGAUCCCCACAGACGCUCUGGCGAACAAACUCUUCGGCGCCCCCGACCCCUCCUCGAUAGCCCGCUCGCUCCCGACUACCGUGCCUGACUCGCCCAACUACCGCAGUGCCCGGACACCCCGCACGCCUCGCACGCCUCACCGGAAGGACCAGACCAUGACGCCGCGCUUCUACCCGGUGGUGAAGGAAAGUCGACCCGUAGAUGCCAAGACGCCCAGGAAGAGGAAGACCCGACACAGCUCCAACCCCCCCAUGGAGUGUCACGUUGGCUGGGUGAUGGACUCCAGAGAGCAUCGCUCCCGUACGGCCUCCGUCAGCUCUAACGCCAGCCCCUCAGAGGGCACCCCCGCCCUGGGCAACAUCGGCUGCACACCUCAGUCCCUCCCCAAGUUCCAGCACCCGUCACACGAGCUGCUCAAGGAUAACGGCUUCACGCAACACGUUUACCACAAGUACCGCCGGCGCUGCCUAAAUGAGCGAAAAAGGCUGGGGAUCGGCCAAUCACAGGAGAUGAACACGCUCUUCCGCUUCUGGUCGUUUUUCCUGCGCGAUCACUUCAACAGGAAGAUGUACGAGGAGUUCAGACAGCUGGUGGUCGAGGACGGGAAAGAGGGAUACAGGUACGGUUUGGAGUGCCUGUUCAGGUACUACAGCUACGGGCUGGAGAGGAAGUUCAGGCCGGACAUCUUCAAGGACUUCCAGGAGGAGACGAUGAAAGACUACGAGGCUGGCCAGCUUUAUGGACUGGAGAAGUUCUGGGCUUUCCUUAAAUACUCCAAAGCCAAGACCUUGGAGAUCGACCCCAAGCUGCAGGAGUGCCUGAGCAAGUUUAAGCGUCUGGAAGAUUUCAGAAUUGACCCGCCUAUGGAGGAAGGAGGCCGCAGGAGACACUCGUCCAGCGGGGACGGUCGCCGCCGGCACCCCUCUCAGCCCACCAGCCGGCCCCACAGCCAGGCCAGCUCGGGCCCAAGCCCCGCCCCCACCGCCCAGGGCCCCGCCGCCAAGGAUGAUGCCAAACCCGUCAGCCAGAAAGCCCCCGCCCCCAAGCCGCCGCCGCGCCGCGCCGCCGACCCCGCACCAGAUGCCAAGACACUGAAGUAGCUCCACAAACACGCCGGCCCACAUGGAUCAACUGAAACCACGUCUGCGAGUCGCCGGUUCUCUCUGCGCCACAGGAGGGAGGGGGGGGGGGCGACCAGUUCUUCACUCAAGCAUGAGAAUAGAUUUUUUUUUUUAUACCCCUACAAUGACUUUUGAAUGAGAAAUAAGGAAGACAAAUAAUUAAUACGGCUACGGUUUAUUAAUUAGUUAUAUUAUUUUAGGAGAAAAAAAAACAUUAUUUUCUUUUUGUCUUGAUGAGGCAAGGAACGGAUGAGGUGUCGAACACUUUUUUCUUUUUUUAUUCACAAAUCAUUGCCAGUCCACUCGGUGGGCGGUUCAGUGGUGAUUUACUACCCCUGGAAAAUCUUCUUUUUUUAUUUUUUAAUAUCUUACAUUUCCACGUCGACCCCCCCCCCCCCCCUCCUCUCUUUGAUCGUCACGGUCCUGCUGGCUGAGAGAUGUUUGACUCCUCCCCCAAGAUCUCAGAUUUACGUUUUAUUUUUUUAUUUUUUUCUUUGGCAUGUGGAGAGAUCGGAGGCUUGGAAAUAGUUUGAACAAGAUUGAGCAUCUAAAAAAAAAACACCAAACAAAACAAAACAGCCCAGCUAGCGGCCACGCUGGAGACUUUUCCCGACAUCCAACCGGACCAAAGCGGUUUGAACCGAGCGACCGACAUUUCCAUCCGCAGAGCCCCCUGCACUUUUCAGUUCAGGGGCUUAAAAUACGAAAAAAAAUAUUCGAUUUACUUUACGGCUGAACAUUGAGGGGAAAAUAAUUUAAAAGAACCAAAUGAUAAACAGAGAGGAAUAAAAAAAAAAAAAAAAAAAGACUAACCGAUCCCUCAGUACGGACACGAUCAUUGAAAGUUGCCUUAUUUUAAUGGUUUUACUGCUUCUAUCUUGUGCCCGCCACCUUAUUAUCCAUUGUACAGCAUUGGAAUCACCCACAUAUCCGGUCACCGUUUCAAGCAGAGGGCCACUAAGGUUGGGGGGGGGGCAGUUUCACACCCCUACCUCCCCCUCCCACCCCCCACCCCUGCUUGCUCACUCCACUCCAUCACUUUUUUCUGAACUGUCUUCCAAGUGUCAUUCGGUCUGUUACAAGUCCUGUAAUUCUUCCCUGUGUUUUUUGCAAGUCGUGGCUUUCUUGUGCUGAAAACAAACCCGGUGGAAAGUUUGUCGCCUCCCCCUCCCCACACCCGACUCCCACCCCACGAAAAAAACAAAAAACAAAACACUGGGUGGAGAGUUGGUGGGGGGGGGAAAGGGAGAGUCGUUGAUAAUCUGCUUCCUGACUUUCUCGCGUCGUUUCUUCCCGCCUCCAUCCAUCCGUUCAUCCAUCCUGUUUGACAUCCAUCCAUCAGCGACGAUACGGGACCGGAAUCAUCAAUCUGGAUUACUUGAAGAAGCGAUGGCGGCGAGGAGGGUGCCGUCGAGAGAGAGAGAGAGAAAAAAAAAACAGUUGUCGCAGGUGCUCUGGGUGGAGACGCCUUCGUUGGGGAUCAAACAUCCGGCUCUCGGUGUCUGAUCGUGGGCCUCAGGGCGCCUCGCCACCUCUUCCUGUUCCACCGCUCGGAUACACACAUCAGUUACAGGCAUGAACACUGACAGGUGUGGUCGCACGCAGGUACAGAUGUAGCAGUGUGAGCGAGUUGAAUACAAAAAAACACACACACACACACACACACACACACACACACACACACACACACACACACACACACACACAGCUUGAUGUCUUGCCCCGCUGUGAACACAACAAAAAAAAAUCCAAACUGGACUCUUGUUCUGUCGUCACGCUUCCUACAGUCGACCGUGUGGACGGUUUAAAUCUUUGUCCGACUCGAGUUCUGAUGAUAUCAAAUGGAAGAGCGACUCCUUCUUCCUCCACUAAUGUAAAUGUGAAUUUUGACAGAUGAAGAGAUGAUUUACAGCUCCCUGCUACUUCGUUUUAUUGUUUAUAGAACAGAUUAUAUAUUUGCCUUACACGUGAACGUAUUCUUUAACUUUUUUUUUUCUUUUUCUUUUUCUUUUUUCUCUUUAAUGUUCUCAUGAUUUAUCUUUUAAUGCUUUUUAAUUUUCAAUUUGCAGUGUUUUCUAGCGUUGUUGUUAUGAUGGAGGUUGGGGUGUGUGUCAGGCUGUUUUAAAAACAUCUGGAUUUUUCAGAAACGGGAACAUAACACAAAAGGGAAAAAUUGACAUCAGGACGUGAAUGGUGAUUCAGCGCAAAAACUAAAUCUGUAAGCUUCAAGUGUUUCAAGUUGAAAUCAUAUAUUUUUCUUUUAGUUAAGAUGUUUUUCCCCAAGAUGACCGCAGAAUUUCCAACAAAAUCCAAAUGACUAAAUCUUCAGCCUCCUGUUUUCAAACAUUGUCUGCAAAGUGGCAUAGAAGUUGUUUGAUUUUGGUGUUCAAAUUUAAGAAAGAUGGUCACAAAAUUCUGGGGGAAAAAAUAAUCUUGAGUCUUAAUACAUAAAUGGAUCUCCAGAUGUUUAGUGAAAUGACCCACUUCCUGUUGACCCACUUCAGUGUUUGCUUUUGCUCCUGAUUGAUGAACUAUUUACUCUCAGACAGCUCUUUAAAAAGGUUUAAAUGUAUUUGUGUAACAAAAAGUUUGGAGAAAAAAAACCUGACAAUUCUUUAGAUCAAACUGUAUCGGAGGUCUUUUUUUUUUUUUUUUUGUCCUUUUGCGUAAUAAUCAUUCAGCCUCGUUGGUUGAUGUUCCAGCAGAGCCGCGGUCCUGUCAGUGUUUCACUUUCUUCCUCUAAAUCCACAAUUGUUGGACACAUGAAAAAUGCAAAGCAAAGCUGUACUUGUUGUUUUUUUUAUUUACUUUUAUUUUUCUUUUAUUGUUUUCGUUGCGUUAUCUUCAGGGAGAUUUGGAUCCGUUUCAGAGGCUUACAGUUGAUGCAUCAAAGUGUUUACUGGAGGUUUAAUGACAGAAUAUUCAGAAAAGAGGAAAAAAAACUUGUUUCCCAAAACCAGCGAAGCCUUUGAAUGGGUGAGCUGGUGAGAGGCUGCAGACAUGGCAGUCUGCCACUAGAGGGGGUGAGAGGGGGAGACCCUCUGAUGUGGUCAUCACCUGCCAUCACCUGUCACCGGACAAUUUGGGGGAUUCAGGUGCUUUGGGAGUUUUCAGCCUUCUCCAUCAGCACAGACCUGCUGCUAGCUGUCCAGUCAAACUCUAGGGGGCGCCGCACCCCUCCGCUCGUCAGAUUCACACGGACAGUGGAGAGAUGAGUGAUGGACGAUGGAGGGGGGGAGGAAGGAAGAAGAGAAGAGAGAGCCCAACUGGGCGUUUGUGAUGUUGCUCAGAGGAAUAUGGCUGGUUUUGGAUGUCUGGAGACUGAAAACAAAAAAAAGGACAAAAUUCCAUAAAGCCAUAUGAAUAAGAAAUAACUGUAUAUGAACCGUUAAAAUAGUUCAUUGCAUUACUAUAUCCUAGGCUUGUCAUGAGGAAAAAAAGAUGAAAACGAGGAAAAAAGGAACAAAAAAAAUAUAUAAAAUGGAAAAAAUGUAAAAUACUUGAAUAAGAUCUUGUAUUAUAACAUUUAAUAUUCAUAAUAUCUGCUUUGUAGGCUGAUGUGAUUCGCUAUUUAGUGUUAUUUGUAAUUUGUAGUAAUUAUGCUUUUCCUUUAAUAAACAAAAAAACACAAAACGGACAAA